UAUUAUUGCACGAAACUUUGAGAAGAUGGAGGAAGCCUACAUCAGACUGAAAAGAGAAGCCAAGCGCGUCGGACUUGCCAUCAACACGUCGAAGACAAAGUACAUGAUAGGAAGAGGUUCACGAGAAGAGAAUGAGAACCGCCCGCUUCGAGUUUGCAUCGGUGGCGACGAAAUCGAGGUGGUUGAAGAGUUCGUGUACUUGGGCUCACUGGUGACUGCCGACAAUGAUACCAGCAGAGAGAUUCGUAGACGCAUCGUGGCAGGAAAUCGUGCUUACUUUGGCCUCCGCAAGACACUUCGGUCGAACAGAAUUCGCCGUCGUACGAAGUUGACCAUCUACAAGACGCUGAUUAGACCGGUAGUUCUCUACGGGCACAAGACCUGGACCAUGCUCAUGGAGGACCAACGCGCACUUGGUGUCUUCGAACGGAAAGUGCUGCGUACCAUCUACGGUGGAGUGCAGAUGGAAGACGGCACAUGGAGACGGCGAAUGAACCAUGAGUUGCAUCAGCUGUUGGGGGAGCCGCCCAUCUGUCAUACCGCGAAAAUCGGACGACUACGGUGGGCCGGGCACGUAGCCAGAAUGUCGGACAAUAGCCCGGUGAAAACGGUUCUCAAUUGCAAUCCGACCGGUACAAGAAGGUGGAAGACGAUUUGCGGACCCUUCGCAGACUGCGUGGCUGGCGACGCGCGGCCAUGGACCGAGUGGAAUGGAGGAAUCUUUUGUAUACGGCACAGGCCACUUCGGCCUUAAUCUGUUAAUAAAUAAAAAAA